AUGUCCGACCAACUCAACUUCGAAGACACCAACAUCUGGCUCAUCGGCACCGACAUCGACCACAAAGUCAAAUACAACUCCGCCGCCACAGAGCCCGCCUGGAACAACGCCCAGAUCGGUACUCAGCCCGGUCUGCUGAUAUGGCGCAUUGAAAACUUUCACGUCGUCCCCUGGCCGGUGCAGUUAUAUGGUCAGUUCUACGACGGAGAUAGCUACAUUAUCCUCUAUUCAUACAUCAUCCCGCGGAAAGAAAAUCAGCCGGAGAAAUUGGGACAUGAUAUCUUCUUCUGGCUCGGCGCAAAGACGACGCAGGAUGAAGCCGGGACUGCGGCGUACAAGACUGUAGAGUUGGAUGAGUAUUUACAUGGGAUUGCAACGCAACACCGCGAAACGCAGCUUCAUCCUUCGGAAGAAUUUUUGAGUCUUUUUCCCAGGCUGUCUAUUAGGAAAGGAGGAGUGCGCUCUGGAUUCCACCACGUUGAGAUUGGGCAGAAGCCUGCAGGUUAUACGACGUUGCUUCGAAUCUUUAGUCAACCCACUGCGGCGGCACAUGGUCAUUCGGUCGUUGUGCAUGAAGUAGAACCUACAUGGCAAAGCCUGGAUGACGCGGAUGUCUUUGUUCUCGAGAAAGAUGACAAAAUCUGGGUGUGGCAGGGCAAGGAUUCGAGUCCAAUGGAAAAGGCCAAGGCUGCGCAGGUAGUUAAUGAUUUGACGCUUGCGAAGCAUAUCGAUGUGGAGGUCUUGUCGCAGACGGAGGCCAGAGCAAAGAUUGUCGUUGAUCUUUUGGGUGGAGGCGAAAGUCAACCAUCUUAUCGUACUGGACGUCCGAUCAGAAGUUCUAUACCUGCUGCUGCACGACCACCGAGGUUGCUGCGAAUUGUGUUUGACGGGUCUGGUCGGUAUCAAUUCGAGCUAGACAAAGAGGGUGAUACUAUUCGACUAUCGGACUUGAAUAGCAAUGAUAUUUUCAUCUUUGACACUGGAAGGAAGAUCUGGGUCUGGGAAGGGCAAAACACCAGUCGAGAAGUGAGGGAUGCGUGGAAAUCGUGCACUGGAGCGUAUCUACGGUAUUUGCAGCAACAAACACAGAGUCCAGAUCUGAUUGCUGCAACACCUGUGGCGAAGGUUGUUGAGGGGAAUGAGAAUGCUGCUUUUUUCAAGUCGAUUUCUGUGUAUUAA